UAGUUCUUCCUCUCAUGUAUGUAUUAUUUGGAGAGCAUUUUUCUUUUGUUGUGUAUGAAAGUGAAAAUAUACAAGACAAGGUUACAAGAGCUGUGCCACAAGAGAAAAUGGGGUUUGCCAAGUUACUCUGCCAUGAAAGAUGGUCCAGAUCAUAUACCAAGCUUUAAGGCUUCUGUUCAUGUCAAUGGUGUCAUCUUCACUUCAUACAGUGCCUCUAGUUCCCUUAAAGAAGCUGAAAACAAAGCUGCCAUGGUUGCUUUCCUCAGCUUCUAUUCUGGUACUCCACCUCUUUCCUUUCUCAGUUUCCUUGGAAAGUUGGUUUCUUUACUGUUUUUUCUUGAUAAACAUGAAAGUCUUGAAGUAGUGAAUUCCUGUUAUGUGAAGGGAGUUGUCUACUUUAUUCCUUAGAUUAUUAUCACCUGACAUCUUUCAGAUGGCAAGUGUCCUUUUAAUGUCUAACAUUGUUACUAACUAAGAAGAAUGUAAGAGAAAAAAAAAAAUCAGGACCUAUAUAGUUCAAUUACAUAGAGGGAACUCUAUUUUAUGUAUUUUUCGUUCAGCUACAGUUUUAAUACUUGCUGUGACCAAGAAAUACGUUACAAACAAAAAGUAAUAUGACAAAUUAGUUAAAUUGCCAUCUUAGUUCCUAAUCUUUUACACUUAUCCUCUCAUGAGGAAAAAUUUAUUAAAAGUGAAUAUGUUUUAUACUGAUGUUUUCCAGGUAAAAAAUAUAGAAUGUCUCGGUAAGUUUCUUUUGUCUUAUCUUUUUUAGAAUGUCUUUAUAUAAAAAAAAUUCAGUUUAAAAAUAGUUGUUCGAUCUCUAUAUUAUAUAUAAUAUCUGAAUGUUUACUUGUUAUUCGGUGUGAAGAAAAUUUUACCUAUGGAAGGCAUUUAGAUUUUAAAUUGAUCAACUUCGUUCAAAGGUCAAAUCUAUUCUUGUGUUCACAUGUAUGUUCGUGUGUUCUGUCUAUUAGAAUUAAUUGACGAAUUAAUUCUAUUAAUGACUUAUUUGAAAUAUUAUUACGGAUCCAAUUGUGAUUUAAUAAAAUAUAAAGACUUAUUGGUUAUUAUUAUGGAAAAUGAUAAUAAAAUAAAAUAAAGAUAAGAUAAAAUAAAAUAAAAACCAGCUUGAUGGACAUUGGUAUAUAAAAGGAUUGGAGUUCUGUCUACGGUCAUAAGGUUCUUUUCACAGUAACCCAUCAAGAACGUGUGAGAAGAGAAAGAAAGGCAAAGAGAUAGAUUGGAAAACGGUGAUCAAAGAGCACACAGGAAUAUAUAUUGAAGAAAGCAUAUUCUAUUUACAGGAUCUCCCAUGGAUCAAGGGUGACUCUGAUUCAUUCAAGACUUCAGUAAUAAAAUUAACUAAGAGAGAAGGCUUUCACAAACCAACAUAUAAAACUAUGCAGGCUGGUUCUCCCUGCAAAGCCAUCUUUCUUCUCUACCUUGGAAGUAGAGGGUGAGGAAUUUCAUGGAAAGGGAUGUAGAUUCAAGAAAGAGGCAGAAGAGGAUGCUGCAAAGAUGGCUUACAUUGCCUUAAAAAAGUUGAUGUGUGAUCAACAUGAUUUUGCUAAGAAUAUUGUGCAGCGAAAGAGAAGUACGAGGUCACUUCAUCGUACAAAUGGUAAUGAUGCUGAUGUUUCUCCCGGUUUUCCUCAGAAACUUGGUGGCACUGUGUAUAUUGAAAAAUCUAGUGAUGAUGCUUUAAAUGCUAGGAAAGGUAACAGCGAUGCUAAUGUGCCUUUUGAAUUUCUUGUUAAACGCUUGAAAACUGUUCCUUGUGGAAAUUAUGCUCAAGAUGGUUUCAAAGAUAAGGAAAAUAUUGAUGCUGAAGUUCCAGCAAGAUGUAAAUAUUUGUCCAACCAGAGUUCUUCAGCCUCUACUGUAGAUUACAGAAAUGCUAAAAGAAUGUCACCACAGGCAAAACUGGUUGGGAAAGAUACUGUUGAACCAUUGAUUUUGAAGGAAGAGUGAGCCUAUCUGGGGCUCAAGGUGAAAGCUAUAAUUGUGUAUCUGGAAUGAAUGUAAUCGAUCUUGAACAGAGAAUAAAAAAACUGGAGACAGUGAUCGAAAAAUUAAAGAUAACAAAAUUUGGUCACUAUUGAAAAAAUUAUUAGCUUAUCAAACCAAAACCUUACUACUUGUUAACAUGUAUUUCCUUUUAUAUAUAC